AACAUGUUGGUGGAUAAGAUGUAGGAAGACAUCAUAGUACACUUGAGCAAAGAGCAGAAGUAGCAGAAGAAAAUGGCUUCUGAGGAUUGUAAAAGUCCCCUGCUGUUACAACCAACAGAUAUCUCAUGUAGCAGAUGGUGUUCGAAGUUGAUCGAUGUAGAAGAAGCUAAGCACCAGUUGAUGUACGCGUUGCCGAUGAUCGUAGUGAACGGUUGUUUGUACUUGAUCAACCUUGUAUCUGUCAUGGUUGCUGGACAUCAUGGGAAGCUUGAGCUUGCUGCUUCAAAUCUUGCUAAUUCAUGGUGCAUGGUCACUGGUUUUUCUUUCAUGGUUGGCCUAAGUGGUGCACUUGAGACAUUAUGCGGCCAAGGAUACGGAGCAAAAAUGUACAGAAUGUUGGGAAUACAUCUUCAAACAUCAUGCAUCAUGUCAUUCUUCUUUUCUGUGGUGAUUUCUGUCAUCUGGUGGUACUCUGAUAUGAUUUUGAUUUUACUUCAUCAAGAUCCUGAUAUAGCUAGAGAAGCCGGCGUGUUCUUGAGGUUCCUCAUACCUGGAUUGUUUGCAUACAGUUUUCUGCAAAACGUUUUGAGAUUUCUUCAGGCACAGUCGAUCGUCAUGCCUCUGGCUUUCUGUUCAGUGGGAUCUUUAGUUAUCCACAUUGGGAUUGCCUAUGCCUUGGUUCAUUGGACAGAUCUUGGUUUUAAAGGAGCACCAUUAGCGGCUUCCAUUUCGAUCUGGAUUUCAUUCCUCACGUUGUGCCUAUAUGUGUUUUUCUCAAAGAGAUUCAGCCAUAUCUGGAGGGAUGGUCUCUCGUUCGAGCCAGUUCAUCAUAUCCUUACAAACUUGAAGCUGGCUUUGCCCUCUGCUGCCAUGUUAUGCUUGGAGGAGUGGGCUUUCGAGCUUCUUGUGUUAUUGGCUGGUUUGAUGCCAAACUCAGGAACAACUACUUCUGUGGUAGCUAUGUGUGUAAAUACUCAAACCAUAGGCUACAUGAUAUCUUGUGGUAUGAGUUCAGCUGCAAGUACUAGGGUUGCAAAUGAGUUAGGAGCUGGAAAUCCUGCUAAAGCUAAGCAUGCUAUGUUUGUUACUCUCAAGCUAUCUGUUGUUCUUGCCAUUGCAGUUGAUUUGGCUCUAUUGUUUGGCCAUAAUGUCUGGGCUAGCCUCUUCGGUGACAACGCGGAGAUAAUUAAGGAAUUUGACUCCAUGACACCUUUCCUCUUGAUCUCCUUUAUGUUUGAUUUCAUUCAAGGAAUCGUAUCAGGGGUGACUAGAGGAUGCGGAUGGCAGCAUUUGGCUAUGUGCAUCAAUUUGGCAACUUUCUAUUUCAUCGGCAUGCCAAUAGCCGGUCUCCUUGCUUUCAAGUUCAACCUAAAUUCUCAGGGUUUAUGGUUGGGGUUGAUUUGUGGUCUAGCUUGUCAAUCUACUGGUUUGUUGCUACUGACAUUGAUGACCAGAUAGGGAAAAGUACAAGUCUCAGCAAAUAGCAAUAGAGAAGAUGCAAUUCUGGCUUAAGUUAAGCAUGAAUUCAUCACAGGUUACUCAGGGGCGGCUCAAGCAAAUGUAUGGCUUAAGACCAAGAUCAAAUGGAGGCCUUAAGUUUUUAAGAAAAAAUAAUUAUUAUUAUGAAUUCUACUUUUAAAAUUAUAUAAUAGCUUUCUUCUUAUAAUUAUUUUUUAAUUAAUAAUAUAGUCAAUGCAUUAAUUUCUUGAGACA